AGCGGAAAAACCCCAGAAGCGGCUCGGUUCCUGCAGCUCAGGGGCGGACGUGAAGCUAAACUAACAGGGACCUGGAACGGCGGUGCCCUUCUGGUUUCUUUCUCACCGCCGCUCCUGGUCCCCCUCUUCUAGAUGAACUGGACUCAGGGUGCCCUGGUGAUGGCAGAAAUGGAACCUGUACAGGGCCGUGUGGUCUUUGAGGAUGUGGCCAUAUAUUUCUCCCAGGAGGAGUGGGGGCACCUUGAUGAGGCUCAGAGGUCACUGUACCGAGAUGUGAUGCUAGAGAACAUGGCGCUUCUGUCCUCACUGGGUUGUUGGCAAGGAGCCCAGGGUGCAGAGGCAUCUUCAGAACAAGGUGUUUCUAUGGGAAUGUCACAGGUUAUGACUGCAGUGCCCCAUGUAUCUACCCAGAAGAUCCAGCCUGAGGAGACAUGUAACCAACUCUUGAGAGACAUUUUGUACCUGGUUAAGCACAGCGGAAUACUUCCUGAGCAGGAGAUGUAUAUUUGUGAAGCAGAGCUUUUUCAGCACCGAAAACAGGAGAUUGGAGAGGAUCUUUCCAGAAGGGAGGACAAUUGGAGACCUUCAUUUGAAAAGAACCCUAGAGUUCACGUGGCAAAGAGGACCACAUGCAGCGAGGGUAGGAAGGACUCGCUGGCCCUCUCUGGCUUUCUGCAGCACCAGGCCCCUCAAAGUGGAUGGAAGCCCUUCAGGGACACAGAGAACAGGGAAUUAUUUCUAACUGGACAAAAUGAUCACAAAUGCAGUGCCUGUGGGAAAACCUUCAACUUCAAACAUGCACUUAUUGAGCACCAGAAAAUGCACAGAAGAGGAAGGCCUUAUGAGUGCAACAAAUGUGGGAAAUUGUUUAUGUAUGGUGCCAACUUCAUGAAACAUCAGACAGUUCACAGUGGUGAAAGGACUUAUGAGUGCAGAGAAUGUGGGAAAUCUUUUACAUACAACUAUAGACUCGUGAGACAUAAGAGAGUUCACACUGGAGAAAGGCCUUAUGAGUGUGACAUAUGUGGGAAAUUCUUUAGGUACAGCUCUACAUUAGUAAGACAUCAGAGAGUUCACACUGGAGAAAGGCCUUAUGAGUGCAGGGUGUGUGGGAAAGCCUUUAGCCACAAACAUAUACUUGAUGAGCACCAGAAAAUUCACAGUGGAGAACGACCUUAUGAGUGUAGUGAAUGCCAGAAAGCCUUCAUUAGGAAGUCUCACCUGGUUCAUCACCAGAAAACCCACAGUGAAGAGAGACCAUACAGGUGUGAGGACUGUGCCAAAGCCUUUAGGUGGAGCUUCAAAUGCUCAGCCCUCAUCUCCUAUGAGAGAAUUCACACUGGCAAGAAACCACAUUGGUGUAAUGAGUGUGGGAAGUCUUGUAGCAACCAGUCAUUCUUAACUCAACACCAAAGGAUCUACACUGGGGGAAAACUUUAUGAAUGCAGUGAGUGUGGAAAGGCCUUCAGCUGGGCCUCAUCCUUUACUUUCCAUUGGGGAAUUCAUACGUGCAAGUAACCUCGUGAGUGCCCUCACUGUAGAAAACCCUUCCAGUACAGGUUGUCUCUUGUGGAAUAUAAGAAAGUCCACAUGGGAGAGAAACCCUACAAAUGUAGUGACUGUGGUAAGACUUUCAGCUAUAGCCUUUCCAUCCGCCUCCAUCAGAGACACUCACUCUGGGGGGAAUCCCUGUAA